UCGUGUGCGAAAAAACAACAAACGUCAAAGUAGACGGAGCUGUCGUCCUGCUGCAGGCAAAAAUCUUUCAAAGGUUUUCUGAUGAACGUGAAAGUGUUCUCCAGUGCUGUGAAAAAUCGCUAAUUUACACCUACGAAGCCGCAAACAAAAUGUCGAAUAAUGCAGCGCAUCGACACCGGUAUAAGAAUGUUGGCCUGGACUCAACAGAGAUGCGCCGGCGGCGCGAAGAAGAAGGCAUCCAGUUGCGCAAACAAAAGCGCGAAGAGCAACUCAUCAAACGGAGGAAUGUAAACGAAGAUCUGGACCAGGACGCCAUUCUAGCAGACGAACAACAGACAUCGGACGCGCACCCUCUGAUCAAACCGGAAACCAUCCAAGCAUUGUACAGUACCAACGUGGAAGACCAGCUGGCAGCUACACAGAAGUUCCGCAAACUGCUUUCCAAGGAACCGAAUCCACCGAUCGAUCUGGUCAUCCAGCAUAACAUUGUUCCGCGGUUUGUCGAGUUUUUGGCCAGCACGUCUAAUUCGACAUUGCAGUUCGAGGCAGCGUGGGCGUUGACUAACAUCGCUUCCGGUACGUCAGAGCAAACCAGCGUCGUGAUAGGAGCCGGUGCGGUUCCCAUCUUCAUCAAACUGCUGGAAAGUCCUCACGUUGACGUGCAGGAGCAGGCCGUUUGGGCGCUGGGCAAUAUCGCUGGUGAUUCUCCGGAGUGUAGGAACUUCGUACUAGAUGCCGGAGUGCUAGAACCAUUGUUGCAUGUUCUGAGCACGUCGACCCGGUUAAAUCUGACCCGAAACGCCGUUUGGGCCCUGUCUAACUUAUGUCGCGGAAAGAACCCCCCACCAGAUUUCUCCAAGGUGGAGAAAGGGCUACCGAUAUUGGCCCGGCUGAUGUUCCACAGCGAUGUAGAAGUGCUGGGCGAUGCCGUAUGGGCUGUGAGCUACCUAUCCGAUGGACCGAACGAUAACAUCCAGGCAGUUAUCGAGGCCGGCUGCUGUCGGAGGCUGGUUGAACUAUUGAUGCACAACAACAACAAUGUGGUCUCCGCGGCCCUGCGAGCAGUCGGAAACAUCGUCACCGGCAACGACACUCAAACGCAGCUGAUUCUCAACUGCAAUGCCUUACCGUGUAUCCUGCAGCUGCUGACUUCGCCAAAGGAAACCAUCCGGAAGGAGGCCUGCUGGACCAUCUCGAAUAUAGCCGCCGGCAAUCGGCAACAGAUCCAGGCCGUCAUCGACGCCAACAUCUUCCCGAGCAUCAUCGAUCUACUUUCCAAGGCGGACUUCAAGACGCGGAAAGAGGCUGCCUGGGCGAUCACGAAUGCCACCAGCGGUGGCACCGUCGAUCAGAUCAAGUACUUGGCUCAAGCUGGCUGCGUACCUCCCAUGUGCGAGCUGCUCACCGUGAUGGACCCGAAGAUUGUGACCGUCGCCCUAAACGGACUGGAAAACAUACUCAAGGCUGGCAACCAACACAAGGUUAAACCAAAUCCGUACGCUGUACUGAUUGAGGAAUGCUACGGUCUGGACAAAAUCGAAUUCUUGCAGUCGCAUCAAAACACCGAGAUCUACGAGAAAACCUUCAACAUCAUCCGGACGUACUUCAGCAAUGACGAGGAGGACGUGGCCGUCGCCCCGUCCACCGAGAACAACCAGUUCCAAUUUAACGCCGAUCAAUCUGUGCCAAUGGACGGCUUCCAGUUCUAGGAAGCAUCACACAUCUCUACUACGUUUAGCUUUACAGUUUUGAGUAUGCAAAAUCAACCCGAUCCUCAUUAUUUCACCUUACUUCCUAUACUCUUCGGCGUUCGAGCGGUUUCGUUGGAUGCGACAAUUCUAGAACCAAAUCAUUAAUAAGUUGUAAGUAGCCGACUCACAUGAUGACGAUUAACCAGCAAAAUGGUCUUGAUGGCGGCAUCCAAGCAGAACAGAUAUCGGCAGGACUUUCGUGUUUGAAAAUAUGUUUGUAAUAGAAGGACGACCACCGGGACUCUUCAUAGUCGCGACAUUUAUUGAUGCAAUCGAACUUCAUAAUACACAAGUUUCGUAAGAAUUUCAUAAAUUGUGUAGAAAUAGUUUACAGCCAUGAUGAGAAUCUAUAACGAUGGCCUUUUUCCUACUGACCACCUGUUUGUGAAAACGCUUCCAUUGGAAGUCAUAAUGAUGUGUAAAAACUUAUCUAUAGCAAGACAGCAGAACAUAAAAUCAAUAUAAAUAUUUGGAAUACCAAAAAUAUAAAUACAGGCAUUUUCCCUCGUCCAGGUCAGUGUGGUUUGGAACCUUGAUCGGAACAUCUCAGUGUUGGAAGCAGGUAGCAGUGGAAGCCAUCCUGCUUGUGAGUGUGAGCAAGAAAACUACAACCACACAUCAGAAAAAAAAUUAAUAAACAACAAUAUGAUCUUUGACUAACAAAACAAAUAAAAAUGUGAUUAGUGUUUGAUAGUGGGGCACGAUUUGAUAAAAGAAAACCGUAAUAAAAAUGUGCAUAACACAGACAAGUAACCAGAA